CACACUACGAGAUCAAGUGUGGGAGAGUGUGUUUGUUUGUGUGUCUGAAAGAGAGAGAGACAGCUACAGAGGGACUCAUUGGAUAACCACUGUAUUGUGUGAAGCCAUCCAGGGUAUUUCUCUAGUAACACAGACGAAGAGUAGGAGCGUGGUUUUGCUCAGAGGAGUUGCAGGAAAAGUCUGAAGAGAAGGAGUGAGUGUUGGAGGAAGGAAAAAAAAAGAGAGACCCCCACCCUCCACCCUCCCCAGAAAGCAGGAGGUAAACCGCCGGUAAGCAAAUAUUAAUGACCUGACAACAAAAAAGCACACAACCUCAAGACAGCCUUACCCAGGAGCCGCGCAAAAGAGGACACACACACCCACACACACGCAAGACGAGCCCCCCUCCUCACUCAUGAUCAUCGCUCCCGCCACACGCAGACACAAGGGCCACGCUGACACAGCCAGAGGAGAGUGGGAGAGAGAAGAGGACGCUCGCCCCGUCGCAGGACUUUGUCAAAGUAAAAGUCUUCCUUGGAUUGUUUUUUUUUUUGUUUUUUUUAACCCUGAAGCCAGAGUCCUCCUUGUUUGCUGACCUGUCCAAAACCACCCCACCCACCCACCUCCUCCCAGGAGCAAAGAUGAGCUGCAGGAAAAGAUGCAAGCAGGAGAUCUUCAAGUUUGCACAGUACAUGUACAGACUUGUCACAGGCCAGCUCAAUGACGACAGCGUUGAAGAUGAGCUUGAACUAUCUACAGUCCGCCAUCGCCCCGAGGGCCUGGAACAGCUCGAAGCCCAGACACGUUUCUCCCGCAAGGAGCUACAGAUCCUUUACCGCGGCUUCAAGAACGAAUGCCCCAGUGGAGUCGUCAACGAAGACACUUUUAAAGACAUCUACGCACAGUUCUUCCCACAAGGAGAUGCUUCAACAUACGCGCAUUUCCUGUUUAAUGCAUUCGACACAGAUCACAAUGGCUCUGUGAGUUUUGAGGACUUUGUUAUGGGCCUUUCUAUCCUUCUGCGAGGCACAAUCCAGGAAAAACUCAACUGGGCUUUCAACCUGUAUGAUAUCAAUAAAGAUGGAUAUAUCACUAAAGAGGAAAUGCUAGACAUAAUGAAGGCCAUCUACGACAUGAUGGGAAAAUGCACAUACCCUGUCCUCAAGGAGGAGACGCCUCGUCAGCACGUAGAAGUAUUCUUUCAGAAGAUGGAUAAGAAUAAAGACGGAGUGGUAACCAUCGACGAGUUCAUCGACUGCUGCCAAAAUGAUGAAAACAUCAUGCGAUCAAUGCACCUCUUUGAAAACGUUCUUUAACUUUCGGCUGACUGUGGAAGCUUUGGAAGAGAACAUCAUCUUUAGCUCGGCCCAACAUGGACUCAUACUGUGUACAGUGUGCUAUGCAGACUUUUGAUCAUAGAUAAAAAAAUAUCGUUCAUUACCGUGGGCCACGGGUAGGAGUAGGCAAUACGGUGCGAACACUCUGGAAUGAGUCGCCCUUUGAACAUGUUAUUGAAUAAACAAACUUUAUUAGAUAGAAAUGAUUAGAGAGGAAGGGGGAAAAGGUGUUUUUCGAAAUGAAAACAUCUUAACUUCAAGGUCGAUUUACCACCAUUUGUCUCUGGAGUGUCUUUCUAUUUGCUGAACACUGAGCUCUACAAGCUGCACGAGCCUCCGACAACAUAAACACACGGAGAAAAAGAGAUUAGUGACGAAGGGGUUUAGACAGGGACGCUUCUCUCUCCGUUGCAGCCUUGACUUGUUUUAUUUACUGCCAAGUGAAAUCACUGUGACUUUUUACAGCUUCAAAAUAAACUGAACAAACUGUCCAAGGUAACGUCACACCCCUCUCUGUUUUUACAUUCCAGACCGGUCCCUCAAUUCCAGAGUGUUCUUACCCCGACUUAGUCAACCUUUGUGGUCUGUCUUUAAAACAACAACAUCCAUUGUACCAUUUUAAAGUGUAUAUACUAUAGAUAAAGCAUUAGAUAAGAACUCUAUGAGAAACUUUUCAACUUUGUUCAUGUUUACUUGCCAACUAGAAUGAGACAACACAAGGAUUGUAUUGAUGUCAAAAUCGGACCAUAAUAUCGAUGGUUUGUCUACAGAAGCACACAGGUAGCUAUAUUUACCAAGAGUAUAACAUAAGACGACGACAUCUUUUAUCAUAAGAUAAAUGCUGCUUUCAGUGUAUUUCAUUUAACCCUAUGUAUGUAUGUAUAUUCCCUGUAAAGUCUAUCAAUAUGUUUUUGAAGCACUGUUAGUAGGAGUUUACACUAAGAGCAGUGUUUGAGGUUAUUUAUAUGGUGUUAUGGUUGUACAAAGCAUUGUCGAGUGUACAGUAUUAAAUGAAAGUUUGCUCUCGGGUGAAUUUCAGGUCUUUAGAUUUGUUCAUAUAAUUCACUGUUUGGUGGGGGGUUUGGUUGUUGAUACAAACACUGUAACUUUGUAAUAUAGGCAUCAUUUUUGGAUCGUCGGCUAAUACUCUUCCUGCUGUUUUCCCUCCUCCUCCUCGUCCUCCAAAGUCCAGCCCACACCUGAUCAGCCUGAUUGGUUCCUGCUGUGUGUGAUUAAAGCAAUUGCUUGGCCCCAAAUGUGAGCAAACACAAGGCAUGCUGGGUUGCAAGUCUCACUUUACUGACUUCCUGUUGCUCGUUGGGAACUACUGGAUCACUGAGAGAAGUGUCUGGACAUUAUGUAAGUACGUUACUGAGUAUUUUUCCUCUUUUUUUCUUCUUCUUCUUCUUUUUCACAAUGACUUGGAUAUUGGAUACAGGAAGUAUCCGUCAAACCAGCCGGAAAUCUGAUUUACACUUGAGAAUUGGUUGAUUUUUGGUGAAUGCUUUACAACAGUUUAUCAUGUUGUUUUUCAUACAGUACGUCACUACACUGUUUAGUCACAAACAUAAAGAUCUCUUGUUGGUCAUCCAUUUAGUUUAGUAAAGAAAAUAGCACAUUUUUCUCAAUUGUAUUCUUUUUACUCAUGUUAUUGGAGAUGAAGUGUAUAUUUCCAUCAAGAAAUUGCCAUUUUUUUUCCACUUGAUUUGUGUUUGUGUGCCUUACUGUAUGUAAAAAUGUUAUGUUUCUGUUUGGAAAAGUGAUUGACAAAAUGGAGGGACAACAAAUGUUUGCGACAUUACCCACUUCUAAACAUAUCUACAAUAUAUCCCGGUGGAUGUUCUUUCUGAAAAUAAUGAAGCAUUUCUACAUUUCCUCUGUAAAUAAUAUCCAAAGUCAGCUAUCUCUGACAAAAGUGAAAGAAUAAACUAUACACCUCAAACUUUCAAAUUUGUGUUACUUUACUUAAUACGCAUUAAAGGCUGUAGAAUAUUA